ACACACAUUAGCAUCUGUUAUCUCACAAUUAUCAUAUACAUUAGUCAACACCUGUUUUACUUAACCUCGUUUAAUUAGGGCCAUUGAAACGUUGCGCUUCACCCAAAACAAUGCCAUCCGACAUGUAAAAGGGCAGUUUGUUAUGGUUCAGUCAAUAAAUUAACAAAUAAAAAAGGUAUGGCUCUGAGGCCUGUGAGGCUGCAUGACAACGGUUAUAUGCUUUAUUCAUUUUCUCAAUUAUUUAAUGAAAGAACUGCAAGGAGUUUAUUCUGGAAAAUGGAGCAAAACUUUCUUAGCGAGACUUUUUACGCGUGCGUAAAACUUAUUCUGUUUGUUUAUUAGCGUAAUUUAAUGCUAUUGAGACGGUUAAUUAAAUUCACAAAACUACAGUUCUGUAGGUGAUGAAGUGUCAGAAGCGACAGUAGAGACUGGCAGGAUGUUGUUAACUGAAUUCAGGUCAUUUUCUAAGCUCCCCGCCGAUUAGUGCUAGACAUGAGAAGUGUUAAAUUCGUCAUAAAAAUGACAUCAAACCGGUGUAAGCUUCCUUGUUGUGAAAACUAAAUAAGAGGUAAAAUAAAAACAUAAUAAAAAGGAUUAAAACAUGUAAUUGAAAAAUAGCAUGUCGCCAUGACAUGUUUUUAAAUUUGAAGUCUUCUGUUUAUGAGCUGUGAAUGUAAAAAAACAGUCUUGUUUUGUGCCGUUAUCAAAAUUAGAAUAAUGAUACAAACCUAAAGACUAUUUUUAUAUCAAAAAUACGAGAUGUUUGGUUGCUACAUGGAGCUGAUGGUUAAUUAUAUGAGUCUUUAUUCAUCUCCCCAAAGAAAAGGUUGCAUUUGAAUUGAAACUUCAGUUCUCUCCAGAAAUCACGGUGUUGCGUUAAGUAGCACAUAUUUAGCCUCUCCACGAAAACGCUAAAAGGAACAGCGGAGGGCUUCUUUGAUGGGAUUUAUUUCCAGUGAAAGCUGUAGGUCUUUUGAACAUAGCUGUCAGUCAAUACCAGAGGGACCUCCCCCAUCCUCCCCCCGCACACACACGCUGGCAGCUGGGUGUAUAUAAAUAGAGCCAGGAGGUUGGAUUGCCACUCAAACUCGAAUAGCUGGGACGCAGGAAAGAUGCCCGCAUCGCAAACUGGAUUUGGCAACUUCUUCUUGGAGAGGAACAUCAGCAUGCCGACUGGAUAUCAGAUUCCGGUGCUGGGAUGCCCACCGGGUGUGCAACAGCAGCAGGCUCAGCAGCUGGCAGCGAUGGCAGCUGGGGUUCCCAUAACAUACUCAGGACUACAAGGAUACAACUUUAUCCCAUAUCCUCACCACAGGCACAUCACACACAUGAACAACGGUUUCGACUUGAAGGCCGCCUCUCCCUACCACCACGCGCUGCUAGCUCGCGGGGGAGCUUUCUACCCACCGUACCGUCCGGGAGCAGCCGAGGAUCCCAGUAGGGUCGCCAAGGUGGCCACCCGAGAGAGCACCGGGGCGCUGAAGGCCUGGCUGAACGAGCACCUGAAGAACCCGUAUCCGACCAAGGGCGAGAAGAUCAUGCUCGCCAUCAUCACUAAAAUGAGCCUCACGCAGGUCUCCACCUGGUUCGCCAACGCAAGGCGACGCCUGAAGAAGGAGAACAGGGUCAGCUGGGCGUCUAAGGGGAAAUCAGAUGAGGAGGAUGAGGAUCAUGAGGUAGAGAGCGACGAUGACGACAGUUCUCUGCAGAAAUGUCAUUUGGAUGAGCGGGACGAGGCAGAGCCUCAAACUGACCGCGCAAACACAGACGAGCAGGUCGAGAGCGCGCUGGACAGCUCAGCACCUGUGGAUGUGCGUUUGGAGAUGUCGCAGCAGCCAAGCAGCGAGCAUGAAGCUGGAGAACUUACACUUGUCAAGAAAGUUGAAAAGAGUGACUCUGAUCACACGCCAUCCGCUUUGGAAAGUAAAGAAAACAUUGUCAGUCAGAAACCCAAAAUCUGGUCUUUAGCAGAGACCGCCACCUCGGAGACUGUGAAGAAACCUCUGGACAAUAUUUACCACCCGGCCGGAAAGCUGUGGGCUGAAUGGGCUUCAAGAAACGGACUAUUUGUUCCGUCAUGUUACACCACUCGUGAAAUUGUCUAAGCGGGUAUUUAGACACAAAUUAGAGACUUUUCCCACGUAUUUUGCACUUUAAACUUUCAAACCUCAGGGAUUUGAUCGUUAAUUCCUGAAGUUUGCAGUGAAAUGAAAAUUUGUUUUGAGACCAAAGACUAAACAUGUUAUUGUAAAUAAAUGUAGAUGUAUUUUUCCAUCACCAACAUGUAAAUUAUGUUUCCUUUGUCUAAUCAUGAAGAAAUAUUUUUGCUUAAAUAAAGUUCAGCUUCUAGCGAAA